AUGCCCGGCGGCUGCUUCCGGUUGCACAGAGUCGUCGACCAAGGCUCACCUGUCGCCAUCCGGGAUGCUGAAAUGCCGCUGAAUGCCAUGCGUUGUGCAGUGCACUGGUUCUUCUCUUCUGCCUUUGGAUGUUUGGAUCAACUUCCUUUCGCCGUGCGCAGCUUCCAACCUGGGCCUUCCUGCCUGCAAGACAUGUUGCCCUGGCUCGAGUCAUGCACAUCGGACCUCGGAUGUGUGCAUCAACCCAGGCGGCCCGCGAAAAUAAGAUCCGUGUCAUUAUCAUCAAAUGCCACAUCCAGAAGUGCUCGGACCUCGGAUGGCCCGAACGAAGUGUUUUUUGGACACGCAAACAUCACAUGGAGGCGCUGCCGACCAAAAAGCAUUGCCUCUAUGGAAACCGACGUAGCACGAAACAUCACGAAACACUUCAGAGUAGGAACUGCCAGGACACCCGAAAAGACCUCUCCAGUCUUCGCACCGGUGCCUGUCAAAGGCGUGGACCAGCAUGCCACUGCGGCUGAUGCCUGUGAGGCUUGUGGGACCGACCUGUUUGACUCUAAGAAGGCUUGCUGCAGCGCUGCUCAAUCGUGCUGCCAACGCUCUCGCCAUCUGAUUCCUCCGAUCUUCUCGUUGCCUGCAUUAAAACUUCACAGUCCACCAACCUUUGAUCGCUUAGACCUAAAUGAUUCAUCCUUUGGAAGAGGUGAACAAACACCUGAAAGACCUUGCCCAAGUCUAUUGUCAAGUGCUAAACCACAUUGA